UAAUGUUGAAUUAUCUGAUACCAAAGCCAAACUAAGAAGAAUGAGACAAGAAUUAGAAGAGAAAACAGAACAAGGAAUGGAGUUAAAAGAGGAGUUAGAACAAGCCAAUGCUUUAUUACAGAAAGUCAAACAAGAUAACAUUGAUUUAACACAGGAUGCGAGAGCGGCCCGAGGAUACCGAGAUGAGCUUGACGUGUUGAAAGAAAAAGCCAGUAAAGUUGAUAAGUAUGAAGGUGAAAUUCAAAGAUAUCGAGAGAAACUAAAUGAAAUGGAGUACCUAAAGAAAAGAAUGGAGGAACUGAGAGAGGACAAUCAGCUUCUUCACGAUACAAAGACAUUGUUAGAAGAGCAGCUGGAAUCAUCGCACAGAAAAGUAGAAAGGAUGGUCCAACUUGAAGCAGAUACCCUUAAGUAUAAACAACAUAUAUCAGAGUUAGAAGAGUCCUUGUACAUUUCUGAAAGGAGAGCGAAAAGUAACUUGGAACCAGAGUCAGCAGUCUCUGCACUUUGUCGGGAACGUGAUGGAGAUCGUGAACGAAUACGAGAACUUGUAGACGAGAAUACUUACCUGAGAAUUGAAGGUAAAGAAAGUAUGAAUGAUUCGGCCAACUUAUCUAAGGAGUUGGACAUCGUCAAGAAAUUAACAUCACCAGUUGGCCAUUCCCUGUCUACUGAGUACGGUGAUGCUGCAUCAACACAGAUAUUAAGACUAGAAAAAGACAACCAGCGACUGCAACAUGAACUGGAAAUGUUGAAGGAAACUACUCUUGCAGAAAACAACAAUAAAAUACUGGAGUUAGAAAAAGAAAACCAGAGACUUAGUAAAAAGGUGGAAAAACUACAUACAGCUUCAACAAAGGACACAAAAUGUUAUGUGGAAUUGGAACAAAGGUUCAAUGAACUGCGGCGAGAUAAGGCAAAAGUUGAUCUCUCUGUUGAUUCACUCUCUAAAUCAGUGGAUCGGCAGAGGAGAGAGUAUGAAGCAGAAACUGAACAACUCACCCAAACCAUAGAGAUACUGAGACAGAGAAAUCAAAAGAAUGCUGACCAGAGGACCAAAGAUAUCGAGAAAGAAAAUAAGAAAUUGCACGGAACAGCUCGAGAAGCUACUAAUAAACUGUCCACUUUAGAGUAUGAGCAUCGACAAUUGUCAAAGAACUAUGAACGACUCAAGGAGAAAGCAGACAAAAUUGAAGAGCUGGAAAAAAUAAACCGUGAGUCAGAAGAAGAAAUUGAAAAACUUCAAAGCAAAAUAGCUGCUAUUACUCUGACUUGUGAGAAAGUUGAUGCUUUAGAGCAAGAAAAUUCUGAUUUAGAUGUGGAGAAAAGGAAACUGGAAAAAACGGUUGAUACAUACAAAGGUAUGAUAACUAAAAUGGACAAUACACAAAGUGAAAACAUUACGCUUCAAGCUGAAGUACAAAAGCUACAGCGGUCAAUAGAAACAAUGAAGUCACAUACAACGAGGUUGUCUCAGGUGGAGCAGGAAAAAGACGAUCUGGACAGACAAAAUAGACAAUUACAGAAAUCCCUCCACGCAUUCCAGGCUAACCAAGAGAGGUACACUAAACUUGAAGUGGACAACAUGGAAUUAGAAAAUGCAAAUCAGAGGUUGCAGAAAUCAUUGGAGCUUGCAAACAGGAAAGUCGCAUCACUCGAAAGGGACAUACAGGAACUUGAACAUGAGAAUGAAAAGUUACAAAGAGAAAUUGAGACUUUGAAAUUAUCAUCUAAAAAAAUUGAGGAACUAUCACGCGACAACAAAGACAUGGAAUUAGAUUAUGCUCACCUAGAAAAAGACAUGAAACACAUGGAAAAGGAAAAUAAGCGAUUAAAGCAAUCCAUGGAAAUGAAAGAUUGUAGUUUAGAAGAUGCUAAUGUAAAAGUUACCAAUCUUGAAAGAGAUGCAAAGAGACUUCAAAGGCUGUUAGAGAAAAAUAAAGAUUCUAAUGAAAGGCUGAAAGAUAUUGAGAAAGAAAACAACCAGUUGAUGCAACAGGCAACUAUAGAUAAAAAGACACUAUUUGCACUCAGAGAGGAUCUGGUCAAAGAGAAGAUCAAGACACAGCAGAUUAGCAAUGAACUUGAAAAACUUUCAACUGAACUUCAUAAAAUAGGUCUGAAUAAAGAAAAAAUGUUGCAUCAAGAGCUGACUGAGGAUGAAGAUCGGUACAAGGCAUUAGAAAAUAGAAUGGACGAUGCAUUGAAGAAAAGUCUUGAAGUGAAAGAGGAAAAAAUACAAGCUCUAGAGACAAGAUUGCAAGAAUCAGUAAGUAGGAAUCAAAAGUUAAAUGAAGAACUGAGGAACCUGAAGAGAGAUUUGGUAACCCUACAACAGAGACAUGAAGAGGAACAAGUCACCAGUACCACACCAAGUCCUCCAAAAAUAGUGCGAUCUGAUAGUGAGCGUGUGAGUGCUAAAGAAAUACUGAAGAUGAAAGACCAUCUUAUUGAACUUGAACGAAAUAACGCUUCUCUGCAGACUGAAACAAGCAGUCUUCGUAACCAGAAUGACCACUUACAAGGACAGAUCAGCACUCUACAAUCUCAAAAUACCUCUUUGCAGUCACAGGUGACAAAACUGCAUACACAGAACUCUGAUUUACAAUCCCAGAAAGCUAACCUACAGGUGGAAAACACCACUUUGAACUCUGAAAUCUCUUCUCUCAAAUCUGAAGUCAUAUCCUUGAGGAAUAAAAAUGCUGACUUAGAAGCUGAAUUGGAACGACUGCGAGCCAGGCUAGAUGAGCUUGAAGGCAGACACAAAAACUUGAUAAAAGAUCAAGAACAGUUACAGCGACUUCAUGAUAAUCUUACUCAAGAAUAUGAAGCUCUGAUUUCUGAGCAUGGUUCAUUGAAAUCAAUCCACAAGUCCAUGAAGGUGGAGUAUGAUUCGCUGAAAUUAAAACAGGACACUGUGAUCAAAGAAAGGAAAAUGGUGAAUGAUGAAAGAGUUAGUCUGAAAGCCGAAAAACAGUUGUUACUGCAAUCAGGAGCAGAUCCUUCAUCAAUUCAGUUGGAAUUCAAUAGUUUGAAACAGAUGCAUGAAAGAUUAAACAGAGAAUAUAAAGAUAUUGAACAUGAGAAUAGAAGUCUGAAGUCGGAUACAAGACAACUUAGUCUUGAAAAAGCCUCUCUUCUGGGUGAAGUGACAGAUUACAAACAACAAUGUCAACAACUGGAGCUGGAAAUUGCCAAAAUCAGCAAUAGAACUGAAACAUUUCAACAGUUAAAUGCAAAGUUGGAAGAAGAAAAUGAACAUUUGAUGGAGCAAGUCACCAAAUUACUUGAUAAAAAUGCUGAACUGCAUAAGUUUACUAUAGAGAGUAAAGAUCAGUACCAUGAAGAAGAAAAACAAUUCUUUGAUAAGAUAAAUGAUCUUAGAAGACAAAAAGAGAAAUUGGAACAAAAGAUAAUGGAGCAAUACAAAACCUAUACAUCACCACCCAGAAGCCUUAAUUAUAGCUCAGCUGAGGAUGAAAGGUUUGCUAGCCUUCUUACUGCCACUAACUCCCUCAUAUUUAACUUUAUGUAUCCCUUAUGA